GGCCGCGGAGGCUGUUGCCGUUGAAGCUGCCGCGCGCCGGCGAGGGAGGAGGGGGAGGAGGAGGCGGCAGCGGAGCAGAAGAGGCGGGAGGGGCUGCCUGGCCGCGCCCUGCUUCAGGGAUGGCGUUGGAAGCGGCGCUGGCGGCGGUCGGUGGGCGCGGCGGCGGGGCCGAGAGGGACCUGAGUCGCUUCAAUGAGCAGAAUAGGUCAACCUUCAAAUUUGAAGCAACAGAUGAAGAGAAAAGAAAGCAACUAUGUGAAGGAAUAUUGCUUUUACUGGACAAAGAUAUAAAAACAUCCUGUAAAGUCAUUUGCCUGGAGGCUCUCCGCAUACUCUCAAGAGACAAAAAAGUAUUGGUUCCUGUAACAACAAAGAAAAAUAUGGAGAUCUUGAUGAAGCUGGCAAAGCUGGACACUAUGGAGGAUUCUUUGGAAGAUGUGACAGAUUUCCCUGUCAUAGUGGAAGCUUUAAAAUGCCUUUGCAACAUUGUUUUUAAUAGUCCGGCCGCACAGAAACUCAGUCUGGAACUGAACCUGGCAGCUAUGCUUUGCAAUCUCCUGAAAAAAUGCAAGGAUCAACAAUUUGUCGAAGACAUUAAAUGCUUUGAUUUGCGUCUCCUCUUCCUCCUCUCCCUUCUGCACACAGAUAUCAGGUCACAGUUGCGUUAUGAUCUCCAGGGAUUGCCACUGUUGACUCAGGCCUUGGAAAGUGCAUUUAGCAUAAGAUGGACAGAUAAAUACAUCACAGCUGAAGACCAGGAAAUGUCACCUUUGUCACUGCAAGAGACAGAUUGUGCCGUCGAAGCACUGAAAGCUCUCUUUAAUGUAACUCUUGACAGCUGGAAUGUACACAGUGAGAACGAUUCUCAUGAAUUUCGUUACAUGACUGCCAUUCUGCGUCACUGCUUAUUAACUCUGGGUCCUACUGAAGACAAAACUGAAGAGUUGCACAGCAACGCAAUCAACCUUUUAAGCAACGUUCCAGUUUCUUGUCUGGAUGUCCUUAUCAGUCCAUCAACACAAGAGGAUCCCGAGGACACAGAUAUCAAAUACAAUGGCAUGAAUAUGGAUGCAAUUCAGGUGCUAUUGAAGUUCAUGGAGAAGAGAAUUGACAAGGGGAGCAGCUAUCGGGAAGGUCUCACUCCAGUUCUCAGUUUGCUAACAAGAUGCUGCCGAUCUCACCGGAACAUAAGGAAGUUUAUUAAAGCUCAGGUGUUGCCUCCCUUGAGAGAUGUAUCUAAUCGCCCUGAAGUUGGCACAACACUGAGAAACAAACUAGUACGGCUCAUGACUCACGUUGACCUAGGAGUGAAGCAAAUCGCUGCAGAAUUCCUUUUUGUUCUUUGUAAGGAGAGAGUUGACAGUUUACUGAAGUACACUGGCUAUGGCAAUGCAGCUGGGCUACUGGCAGCAAGGGGCCUAUUAGCAGGAGGAAGAGGGGAAACCUGGUACUCGGAUGACGAAGAUACAGACACUGAAGAAUACAAAUCUGCAAAGCCAAACAUAAACCUUAUUACAGGUCAUUUAGAAGAACCAAUGCCCAACCCAAUGGACGAAAUGACUGAAGAACAAAAAGAAUAUGAAGCAAUGAAACUUGUCAAUAUGUUUGAUAAGCUUUCUAGGGACAAGGUUAUAACACCAAUGGGAGUGCGACCAGAUGGCACAAUGACGCCUUUGGAAGAAGUAGUCUGUCAGUAUCAGACCAACGAGCAAGAGAGUUCAGACUCUGACUAGAAUAUCAGCUGCUUUUCUUUCUCACCCACCUUCCCUUCACCCACACCAUCUUUUAUUAUCUAAAUAUUAGACCCUUCAGUGUUGCAGCAAAUGUUUUAUCCAUCAAAAUGGAUUGAAUUAUAAAUUUUGUGGUGUAACUAUACUAGCAUUUCUAAGGCCUCGAUUUAUAUAGCAACGAAACACCCCAUUUAUUAACUUAAAAGCUAAUUGUAUUUCAGUGGGAUGAAAAGUGUAGUGUGAAAUUUAAAAAUAAAUAAAUGUUAAUAUUUAUCUGAUACACACACCCCUUUUUUUAGAUGCCUUACAUCAGCCCUCUGUCAAAAGGCAGGAAAUAGAUUGCCUAAUUAGAUGGAUAAAUGUUAAAUACAUGUUAGGGGAAAUGUUAAAUAAAAGUUGACACAGUAAAAUUGUCACUGGCUUAGGAACAAGCUACCCAAACAGCGCAGUUUUUAUAUCUCAGGUCUGUGUGUGUGUAUGUGUACGUGCCUGGCUGUCAUAAUUAAACAGUCUCUGAAGGAUGGCCAAGUCUUAUAAAAGCAUUCAGAUUUUGAUCAACUGAAUAUCUCUUUUAUUAGAACACUUUCAUUUGUCCCCAGAUCCAGAUUAGAUAAUGGGCUUGAAUCCUGUCACUGCAGAGGGGCUCUCUACAUGGCCUAGGUCAGGCAUGGCCAAACCUGGCCCUGCAGCUGUUUUGGGACUACAAUUCCCAUCAUCCCUGACCACUGGGCCUAUUAGCUAGGGAUGAUGGGAGUUGUAGUCCCAAAACAGCUGGAGGGUCAAGUUUGGCCAUGCCUGCGUAGGUGAAUAAUUCUGUUUAAAAAAACCACCCCCUGGUCUUGGGACAGUGGCUGGCCUGAAAACAUGGGUUGACAAGGCUUGAUAGAGGCUUAAACUAAAGAGUUUGGAAAAUGCUGUGUUAAACAUUCCUUUUUUGCUGCUCGGAUGUCUUUAUAAAGAAUUAUGUAUGAAAAUAGUCUCUAAUGUAUGAAGCAAUGGAAAUAGAGGGCAGAUUGUGUUGAAUUAUGUUGCUUAUGUGGAAAGAACCUAACUAUAAUAAAUGCUCAGUGGAGGAAGUGUUGCAUUCUAUCAAUAAAACUUUAUAUAAAUUAAA